AUUUUACUUUUUGGACUAUAUCAGCUAUUGUUAUCUUUGUACACCGAAACCAAAAAAAAGCAUUUUUCGCUUUCAACAACUUCACUAAAGUGGAGAUAGCAAUGAGAAGUGACGUUUUUUGUUAUGCCUGUGAUAAGUAAACACAUUCGCCACAUCUCUAUCCAAAAGCAAUGAAGGUUUUUCAAAGCUUUUCAGUUCUAACAUAUUUGUCAUUUGAUUUCGACGCUGUUUUUAUUUUUAUCUUCUUUUGAUAGCUUCAUAAAAAUACUUAACUGAAUUGUGUGACGAAAAAAUAUCUAAAUCUAUCUAUCAAUAGCAAAAUUUUAUUUUUUUCUGUUCAAUUGACUACUAACAAAUUGUAACGUAAACAAAAUUGUGCUGAACUUGACUUCAUAAAACGUUAAGAUAAACAAAUUUUUUUUUGACGGCAAAUCAGUUUUCUCUUUCAACAGAUUAAAUGUAUCGACUAAUGCCGUCUGCCGAACCAGAAGAUGUUGCCCCAGCGCCACAAGUCCCCAAAACAGAAUUGGAGGAACUCCAAUUAAAAGCACAAAAUGUUACCGAUGAUUCGUUGGAAAGUACCCGGCGUAUGCUUGCUCUCUGUGAAGAGAGUACGGAAGUUGGAAUGAGAAGCAUCGUUAUGCUGGAUGAACAAGGAGAACAAUUGGAUCGUGUUGAGGAGGGUAUGGAUCAGAUUAAUGCCGACAUGAGAGAAGCUGAAAAGAAUUUAAGUGGCAUGGAAAAAUGUUGUGGCAUUUGUGUGUUACCCUGCAAUAAGAGUCAAUCGUUCAAAGAAGAUGAUGGUACCUGGAAAGGAAAUGAUGAUGGUAAAGUUGUCAAUAACCAACCACAACGUGUCAUGGAUGAUCGUAAUGGAUUAAUGGCUCAAGCUGGUUAUAUUGGACGAAUAACAAAUGACGCGCGAGAAGAUGAAAUGGAGGAGAAUAUGGGACAAGUGAAUACAAUGAUUGGCAAUCUCCGAAAUAUGGCCCUUGAUAUGGGCUCAGAAUUGGAGAACCAAAACAGACAGAUCGACAGAAUCAACCGCAAGGGUGAAUCCAACGAAGCCAGAAUAGCAGUGGCAAAUCAAAGAGCUCAUCAGCUCCUUAAAUAAAUACAUACUAAUAGUUAUUUUGUUGUCCUAAUGUUAUUUAACAAAAACCAAAAA